AUGUAGGACUGUGGGGCAGGCUGUUGGACCUUUAAAGUAAAUGUUAGCCAUUUAUUGUAUCGUUCUGAACUUGAUUUCGAAUUAAAACAUAUGUUGUGACAAUAUUACCAUCAUUAAAUUCAAUUCAUAAACAGGAAUUGCUACAGUAGCAACACUGUAGCAGGUUGUUUGUUGAGUAUUUUCCAGUUGAGUAACUUCAUGUUGUUCGUUUGCUUGCUGGCGAUCAUCGUACAACGAGUAGGCAAAGUGGAGAAUAAAAAUCUUUAGUUUCUCAGACCCUAGUGAAAGACGUAUCUAAAUAAUAAAGGUGCUUCAGGCUUGCUUAAAAAAUCGCCGGCAUGUUUCUGAUUCUGCUCAGAAAUGUCAGAGAUAAAGUAUAAAAAUCAGAUUUUGGCCGCUAUAGAUCACUUGCGUUCACGUAAAUCGCGCCCCGAUAUAAAUAGAAUUUGCAAGUUUAUGCUCAAGUGUUACAAAGUAGCACCUAAAGAUACUACAGCAGAUCUCAAACGUUGCCUGAAGGAGAAAAGUAUUUUUAAAGUUGACUAUAAAGAUAAUGUAAGCUAUAGAAACGCUGCUAAGUGGCGAAAAAGAUCAAACCAAAACAACAAAAUGGCAGCUUCAAUUGCGACUGGUGAGAGACGAGUAAUAACCUCUGCAAUUGCAACGCUUAUAUAUCAGGAUCAGAGCUACCUGGAGAAUGGAAUUGCUUUUGAUGAUCUUGUGUCAGCUGCUGGAUCUCAAGGAUCAAAGUAUUCAAAAAAGCAACUUGAAACCAUAGUCAACAAAGAGUUAUCUUCUGGAAGUUUAGUUAAAUUACAGAAUGGCAAUUUGGCUUUAGGCCCAGCUGAUCAUGAUGGGGACAGCUCAGAUAGUUUCAAAUUUGAAUAUACUGCUGAUUUGAAUACAAAGAUGACGUCUUCAGCCAAUUCUUCAUGCAGAUCGUCACCUCAAAGAAUGAGGGGAAGGCCUAAAAAACGCGGAGGUUCAUCUAGUAAUGGACCCAGUAGCAGUGCCUCCAGAAACGCUGCAGUUCGUGUCGGAGAAAGGCGGAAAAUGGCUAAAAAAGUUUUUGACCCAUCAGACAAUAUAGUACCUAGCAAAAGGAAACGAGGUCGUCCAGUGGGUUCACUUAACAAAAGCACAAUAAAAAAACGGUUAAUGAUUGGUGGACACCACAAAUCUGAGGAAGGAACACCAUUAUCUGAGAGUCAACUUUCCUUGGAUGGAAGUGGUGAUGACUUGGAACAAGACGAACCCUUACCACAUGAGACCUCUGGAGUUUGCUCAGUUUGCCUCGUGCAGAAACCUCGUGGAUCUAAUGAUAGACUAGUAGAAUGUCGUGAUUGUAACAACAAAGCUCAUUUGAGUUGUCUCCAAUCAGGAUCGGGUAUUUUGAAGCCUCGUCCUGAUAACACUUGGCAAUGUCCCCAUUGUAAGACAUGUGUGGUCUGCUGCGAAACUAAUGAUGCUGGUAUUCUCACCGUGUGCAGUAUCUGUUCAGACGCUUAUCACGCGCUCUGCCAUAGCCCUCGCAUACCCGAAAGAUUGAAAGCUUGGGACCAAUGGGAAUGUAAUAACUGUCUUGAAUCGCGACCAACAGUAGUUGGAUCACCUGCAAUUAUGCGUGGGAGUAUGGAAUAUAAUGCACAAAGUUCGCCUUCGGUGGAUCCAUUCUUGAAACCACAUGAGCUUGAUAGAGCCCCGUCUAAACUAGCAGAUGACUUACCUAUUGAUCCAAGCAUACCCGAUAUAAGCAACUGGACUACUGAUGAUGUUUUUGAGUAUUUUACUAAAUACUUGCCAGAGGCUGCUCCUAUUCUCAAAGAACAGGAGUUUGAUGGCCAAGCGAUUAGUAUGGCGCGGCGAGCCGAUAUUGUUAGAGGUCUUGGGUUGCCUUUAGGACCUGCCUUGGCUCUAUACCGUAUUAUUGUUAAACUACAAACGAGAAAAGAUGAUUGGACAAUGUGCUGGGGUUAACUAAAUCCUAUAAUUAUAUUUUAUCCCUUUACUUUUAGGAAUAGAAGUAAUUGAAAGUAGUAUGUAUAUAAAUAAAUAAACUCUUGACUGUAAAGUGA